UGGGACAAAUACUGCCGCCCAAUCUACCGCUGACAGUUUUUCCAACAACGGGAGAAAGUUUUUCCAACUAUUAAGGAUGUUGUUACAAUUAGGAAUAAAUCGGAGAGGUUGUUCCAAUGACAGGAGAAGUUGUUUCAACUAUAGGAUAAGUUGUUCGACCAACGGGGAAGUUGAUCCGAGAACUGGGAAAUUCUGUUCCAAAAACGUGAAGUUGUUCCAAUCAAGGUUUUGACAGAAAUGACGAAGUUGCAGGAAAUAGAAACUGUCGGAACUUAGAAAUUUUUGCAAAAUUUAAGAGCUUGGAAAUUGGAAGAAAAAACUUCGGAAAUCGGAAGUUCCAACAAAGUAAAGGUGUUCCAUAAACGGGGGAAGUUGCUUAGCAUAGAGGAAUGUCGACGGUAAUCUGGGAGCGAGGUAGGUUGGGAGGCGGUAGGUUUGGGUGUACCCAAGUUUUUGUAAGUUCAGACGGUCAAGAAGGCAGAAUUCCCCAUUUUAAUGAAAAAAAGAUAUAAGUAGAAAUGUUAAAAAAAUAUCGAAGGUAAUCGAAAAUGAAAAUUUUUAAAAUCGAAAUUUUGGUAUAACAUAAAAAUACAUAUUAGAAAUUUUAAUAAAAAUAUAUAUUUGUUAGGAUAAAGAAGGUUCAAAUCCAUCCAUGGAUAUUGCAUAUAGAAUUGUGACAGUCCUUUUUUAUUUAAGUACACCAGAAAAGGGUGGAUAUACAGUUUUAAAUAAUGUAAAAACAAUUGCUAAAUCAACUAAGCAUGAUGCUCUUUUUUGGCAUGCAUCUUGCCCUGUUUUGCUUGGCGAAAAAUGGUUCAUGAUUUCGUGGAUACGCGAAAUAGGGCAAGAAUUUUUUCGUCCUUGUGGUUUAGAUCCAUCAAUACAAGAACGCUAUGUUGGUGAUUUGGGAGGCCCAGAACCUAAAAAUUAUCCAAAUUUAUCACCAUAUUGUAAAGAAGGAGUAUAUUGUGAAUGAAAAUAAUUGUGAUAUUUAUUUAUUGUGAUAUUUUAAAAUAUUUUAGUUAUGAAUUUUUAUUAAUUUUUUAUGUUUAUUUUUUUGAUCUACAUCUAGAGGAAGUUUAUUUUAGAGAGGUGGGGCUUAUUUGGAGGUGUGGGGCUUAUUUGGAGGAGGGGG